AAAUAAGAGAAAUAAUAUAUAAUAUAAUAUUAACUUGAAAAGGUAUGAAGCGUGUUUAUGACGAUACUUAUGUGCCGAAAUAUCUCAGUGGGAAAUGGUCGUGGGACAAAAAGCUCGACCGUCUCCACUUUGAGCCUCAUCGCGACUUGGUCGAUAAGAAGGAGCGCUAUAUGGAGACAAAUGGAUAUAAAUUCUUGCUGACGAUUAACCAGGAAGAGGAGGUGAUAUUUCGGCAGGAAUUUAUGCGUGGUGACAACACUUUCGAUACGGACACAGUGGUAAUCAACGAUGUACGUGAUCUGGUGCUCUUUUUGAUGCCCGGCGAUUUUCUGACUGCCAAGUUCAUCGAGUUUAUUCACAAACCCGCUGUGCAUAGAUUAUUGCAUGCUUUGAUCAUCUACUUCGAAUACUUUUUGCGAAUGGUUGAAUUCGUGCUAAUUCGACGAGAUGAUCUUGCUGGGAACAUGGCCCAGAUACAAAGUGAGCAAACGAAUGAUAUGAAGCGCAUAUUCUCGAUCUACUUGAGUCAGUAUCGAAUGCUAGUGGCUCGCAACUAUAGCGCAAUUCUGAAGGGCGAAGGGGAUAUGUCACAGUUCUAUCAUAUGAAGGAGAUAGUUAAUAUAUCUUCCACGAUCCACGAUAAAUAUUUUCAUGAGCAAUUCCUGGCCGUUGCGAUACAGAUCGUAUGGAUCACCUUGCACAGACGCGCCUACUAUGUAAUUGAGAUGGAAAUGAAUAGACUAUUUCGUUCGGAGCACUUUACGAGCAACCGCGCGGAAUAUUUGAAAUUUACACCAUUAGAAGUUAGUCUACUAUAUGGGCGCAACAAUCGCCUUGUCAACUAUCGUAGCCAGAUAUCCCCAUUGAUUCAGGAGCUUGAGCAUGUGCCUGAGGAGGAUUUACCUAUUUUAUGGAUAGGUGAGCGCAAGUAUCGGGGUACAGACACCCGUAUUGUUGAGAUUGAACUGGAAUAUAUUGUACCUGGACCGCAGUUGUUUAUGAUCGAUGUGACUCAUGGGAUAUUGGGGCAUCCGAAGAUAUUGUAUGAUACCCUCUUAAACUUAUAUUGGCCUGCGGUACGGUUCGCCAACUUUUCAACGGAGUACGAUCCGUAUCAGAUCGUGCGACAGCCGUGUCUAAGGCUGCCCAACAUUGAUGAGAAUAAAAUUCGUAAAAUGUCCAGCAAAUACGAUCAAUUCUUUAAGGUCUUUCGCAUCUAUGAGCCGUUCAGCUUUCAUAUGCUCAUGAAGUGGAUUAGACGCGAUAAACUUAUCAAGUAUUACCGUACUGGCGGCGUUUUAGAGGACAUUUAUCUGCGCUGCACAAAGGAUCUGAACAACUUACGAUAUGGCCCCGGAGUGGACACCAUUAUUAGCAAAUACUUCAAGCUUAUUGCUAGAACUCGAAAGCACUCCAACGUUCACUAUGAUAAUCGAUCAAGCGUAGGUACCAUAUCUAAUUUGAGCAUGCAAAAAGAACGGAAAAAGCCAUUGCCAGACGAUCACUUCUUUGAAGAAUAAAAUAUGAAGCUAAUUCAACUAAUUCCUUUUAUUUAAUACCAAAAAAUAAUAACCAGUGUGCUAUUCAUUUGGUACUACUUUAGAUAAGGAUUUUGGAUUAACAAGGAACAUUCUCCUUACAACUAAAUAUCGGCUCCAAAAAUAAAAUUGUAUCGUGAGUAACAGCAUAGAGCUCUGUCGCGCAGACCCCUUGAAGAGAAAGGACUCAAGCUUGUAGAUAAAGAGAGCAUAAAACAAGAACGUGUGAUCUAGUCGAGGCUGCGCAACUAGGAGAUACCCUCGUUGCUAAAUGCUAACUUUUAAUUGAUCAAUACAUGUUUGAUCCUCUGGAAUGGUGUCCACCGAUCUUGACAUUAUGCAUGGAUGUACGGAUGUAUGUGCCGAUACAUAUGGAAGGGGAUAUGUACGUACAUAUAUAUGUAUAUAUGUGGACAUAUAUAUGCACUGGCAACGUGCUUAUAUGCUUAGUGAUUUUAUGUAUUGAUUUUUUGUAGUUUCGUAGAUGACGCGACUGAAAAGGUAGUUUACAUUGUGGCAUGCAUGUAGUGGUAGAUGAGUAGUACU